UCACACACACACACACUCACACACGCACACACACGCACACACGCACACACACACACACACACACACACACAAUUUCCUCCCCCACUUCUUCACAAGGCAUGCACACUGCAAAGACAUUUAGCUCUUGGCCACCUGCCUGCAUCCAUGUCAGCCUGUUUCCCAUUUGGCGCUGGAGUGUUUCUCUUUCCUUUUAAAGGUGGGGGUGGGCGCAGGAAGCCUUCAUCUGAUAUUCGGUGUUACAGUAUGAACCUUUUUUUUUUUUUUUUUUUUAAACACAAAACUGAUUUGUUUUAAACAAACAAGUUUGGUGGCAGUAAGAGAGAGACUGAGUGUGUCUGUGUGUGUGUUCACCUUCACGCAUCAGUAUCUCAUUCCAGUGCAGCCUAUGCAUGGACACCUUACUGCUUUUGUCUUUGUGCUGAUAUAGAGGGAGCUCCAAAUGUGUUAACUGUAGCCCAUGUGGUCUCAGUUUAAGAUUUUGUGACAAUUUAAAAGCAUAAAAUGAGCACUGAACAAUGGCAGGAAAAGAAAUCUCCGUUUCACUCUGAUCUGUUUUCCACUCCCGUGUGAUUUCACGCUGGAAAGCACUCCCUGUUUUAACCUUCACCCGAGGUGCACUCCCCACACGCAAGCACAAGCAUGAGUCUGUUCGCCGCUUCAGGAGCACAGAGAGAUAUAAAUAAGGCUGGAGUGAGGGAGCAGGGUCGGAUCGUCUCUAAGCAGUGUGGGAUGAACGGGGCGGUCGCUUGCAUGCUGUGCCGCAGUUUCUUGGCAGCGGUUCAAAAGUGAGCCUUGGAAGACAUAUUGUAGGAGACAUAUUGUAUCAGGAAUGCCUGACGUUCUGCACACAACCUAAAGCCCAUGGGACGAUGGUCGGGAGGCUCCUCACUUCAGACCUGCCCUUGCAGAGUGGCCAUUCAGCACAGUAUGAGAGUCCCCACUGGGGACAUACACCCAUCAACUGCAGUGCUACUAUAGGCACAACCAGUAACAGUGGCUGGGAUCAACUGAUUAUAGACAAAAGUGAUACCGAGGAGUGGCCUUCUAUUUCUCGCAGCGAAAGCCACAUCCCUGCAGGAUGCCCAUCAGAUACUGAGAUUGUCAACAACAUCAGCAGCAACACAGACAGCAUGAGCAUGGCCACAGGGGGCAGCCAGCAAGGACACUUUCCCACUAAUCAUCCCAGUAAAGCCAGUAACAGCCACUCAGGAGGCAUCCUCUCCAGCCAGAGUGGGGCCAGUAGAGGCUGGGGCUCUGGCCCAUCUCCUGCCAUUGCUGGAGAAGGAAAGAGUGAUGGCAGCAGUGCAUCAUUGGGAGCCAGGACCUGGGGCUCCUCCAACUUUAACUUGAAUUUGAAUCCCAACGCCAACCCCUCUGCCUGGCCAGUCCUUGGCCAUGAGGGAACAAGCGUGGGUGGCAGCUCUGGAGUAUCCAACCAAGCUCCUUCUAAUAUCUGCAGCCCACCAGGUGCUCCAUCCUCUGGACCCAGCAGUAGUGGCAAUUUAGUUGGUGGCAAUGGAAAUUCUGCUGGAAACUCUGGUAAUGGUAAUAGCAGCACCGCCUGGGGUGGUAUAGUGUCUAGUGACACCUCUGAGCCACACUCCUCCCCUUCCACGAAUGUGUCUUUUAGCUCUGAACCUCAGAACCUUAACACUGAAGGACCAAAUCACACUAAGCAAGAGCCCAUGAGCCCUGCCAAUAGUCUACCUAACUGGGGUGUCACCCCUGUUGGCAUGGGCUCUUUUGUCCAGUCUCCAACAGGAAGUUCACAGGUCAAUGGGGAGGAGGGGUCUGUGUGGGGUAAUGGAGAUGCCAAGACUGCCAAUAGCUCCAAGGAUUCAGGCUGGGAUUCAGGAAGUGGUUGGGGUCAAGGAGUAGCUUCAGGCACCCCUGGUUGGGGACAAGCCUCAUCCAAUGGGGACUGGGGCAAGCAUUCCAGUGAACCUAAAGGGUGGGAGUCUGCAGGAUCUCCCACUCAAGAGCAGCCACUCAGUUCUUGGGGCAGUGGGGCCAAUGCUCCAGCUAGCGAGGGAAGCAGUGACAGCAUGGAUGGUCAUUCUCACAGGAGGGAACGCUCAUCAAGAGAUAUGGCCCCACCUCUCCUGCCUGCCCAGGACAUGGACCCAAGGGUUUUGUGCAACACAGGAUGGGGACAGACCCCUGUCCGUCAGCACACAGCCUGGGAGACAGAAGAAGCUGCAUGCUCAAAUCACAAGAAUGAUGUUGGUACUGAAGCCUGGGGCUCAUCUUCAAAUGCACCUCAUAUGGCACAACCACCAUCUCAUGGUAGUGUCAAUCCAAGUUCUGGACCUGACUCUGGGGGCAAGAGUGAUGCGCAUCGCCCUGCUGCAGCAACUACAUCAGGCUGGGGAAUAUCCCCCAGUCAGUCAUGCUCUGGAUGGGGUGACAACAGCAAGAAACCCCCUAUUGGUCCUGGGGGUUGGGGCAACCCACCACAAGGAGGCCACAGUGGUAGCUUGCAAAAAAGUGGGCAGUCCUGGGGCUCUGAAGACAAGUCUCCUACAUGGGAUGACUCCCAUGCCAAGGCUAAACCUCAGGGUUGGGGAGAGGGCCCCAAGCCAUCCCAUGGUUGGGGCAGUGACCCAGGAGGGGACAGUGGAGCUGGUGAUGAGUGGGGUGACUCUGGAGAAGGAAAGAAGAAUGGACCAUCCAGCUCUUCCUGGGAGGGAGAUGGAUCAGGGUGGAAAGAAAGCCCUCGUGGUUGGGGAAAACCAUCCCCAGGUGGAGGCUGGGGAGAUGCACAACGCUCCAAUGCCUCAACACAGGGAUGGAGCAACAAGUCUCAGGAGGGUGGCAAUGGCAGUAGUACUGGUGGGAGCAUGGGUUCAUGGGGAGGUUCGGGCUCUCUCAAACAGAGUGGUUCUGGUUGGGGAGGAAGCAAUGGAGGAGGAGUAAAACAUAAUCAUGCUGCAGAGCCCACAGGAUGGGAAGAGCCCUCCCCACCCUCCAUCCGACGCAAGAUGGAAAUCGAUGAUGGUACCUCAGCUUGGGGUGAUCCAAGCAGUUAUAAUAAGACAGUUAACCUCUGGGACAGGAACAAUCCUGGAAUGCAGAGUAAAACAGGCUCUGGAAAUGCCAGCAAUCCCCCCAGCAGCCAUCACCACCAUACCCAUCAUAAUCAACCUCCGUUACAGGGCCAUGGACAUGGAGGGCCAGUUGCAACCAACAACCAUAUCACUCCUGACAGUACAAGCCCACAUCAAGCUGUGGCUCCUCAUAGCAGAGCACCCUUGAUGACCACAGGAUGGGGAGAAAUGCCAAAUGUCCACUCCAAAUCUGAGCCCUCAUGGGGAGAGCCAGUGCCCUCUCCAGCAAGCGUGGACAAUGGCACAUCAGCCUGGGGCAAACCUCCUGGGGGCUGGGGUGACAGUAGCCCUGAAGGCUAUGGCCGAGGUGGAGGCCCGCCAGGAUCUGCCCCCUGCAAGCCAGCCUCUAAAUCUAUGCAAGAUGGCUGGGGAGGUGGAGAGGACAUGGGCCUGUCGACAGGGCAGUGGGAGCAGGAUGAGGGUGACAUGUGGAACAGCACAGCCUCUCAGGAGAGCAGCUCAUCCUGCAGCUCAUGGGGCAACCAGCCCAAGAAAGGUUCUCAGAAGACGAAGGUUCCUAAUAAACAAGACGAUGCCUGGAUUAUGACCCGUCUGAUUAAACAGCUGACAGAUAUGGGUUUCCCUAGAGACCCUGCAGAGGAGGCUUUGAAGAGCAACAAUAUGAACCUGGACCAGGCCAUGAGUGCCCUGUUAGAAAAGAAGACUGAAUUAGAUAAGCGAGGGUUGGGAAUCUCUGACUACAGUAAUGGCCUCGUCAACAAGCCAAUGAGCUGCAGGCCUUCAAUCAUCUCCAAAGACUCCUCCUCAGACCGUCCUGCCUUCCUGGACAAGGAUGGAGGACUAGCGGAUGAUGCCCAAACUUCACCAUUUAUGCCUUCUCCCAGCCUGAAGCUCCCGUUGGCUAGUGCUGCCCUCCCUGGCCAGAGUCUUGGGGUCACAAUGCAAAACUUGAACAACAGACAGAUGCAGAGUGGCAUGUUUGGCAGUAGUGGAACAGCACAAACCCGGGCCCUGCAGCAGCCUCCUCCUCAGCCAGCAGUGCCACCUCUCAACUCCUCCCAGCCUAGUCUACGUGCUCAAGUGCCUCAGUUUCUCUCCCCUCAGGUUCAAGCACAGCUCUUACAGUUUGCAGCAAAAAACAUUGGUCUCAACCCUGCACUUUUAACCUCACCAAUAAACCCUCAGCAUAUGACCCUGUUGAACCAACUCUACCAACUGCAACUGGCAUACCAGCGUUUACAAAUUCAACAGCAGAUGUUGCAGGCACAGCGUAAUGUUUCUGGCCCUAUCAGACAACAGGAGCAGCAAGUUGCACGUACAAUCAAUAACAUGCAGCAGCAGAUCCAGCAGCACCAGCGGCAGCUGGCCCAGGUUUUGCUGGUGAAGCAGCAGCAGCAGCAGCCUCCUCCCUCUCAUCCCAGCCUGCAUCCCAGCACAGGCAAAUCAGCACUGGACACAUUUCCUUCUCACCAACAGGCAUCAGGCCUCUCUGUCUCUGACCUGCCGACCAAAGAGCCGCAGUCUUCUCCCAACUCCUUCUCCUCUUAUACUCUCUCUGGCUUGAACCCCAACAUGAAUGUAAACUGCAUGGAAGUGGGAGGUCUGUCCAUGAAGGACUCUCCUCAGCCUCAGUCGCGCCUGUCACAGUGGACGCACCCCAACUCCAUGGAGAAUCUCUCUGGCAGCUCCUCGCCUAUGGAACCUGGACUCAGCAAGCAUGGUGCCAUUUCUGCAGGUCCAAACCUUGGUGCUCCAGGUAAACCCACUCUGGAUGACUCCUACAACCCGUAUAACCUGAUGCAGGGCACUGACUCUCCUGCCAGUUCACUGGUGACCCCAGACAGCUGGGGCCAGAGCAAGAAUGCCAAUGACAAGAUGUCCAAUGGGACCAACAUCAGCUGGCCACCAGAGUUCUGCCCAGGAGUGCCCUGGAAAGGACUACAGAAUAUUGACCCUGAGACUGACCCCAAUGUGACCCCAGGAAGUGUUCCCAGUGGCCCCACUAUCAACACCAACAUUCAGGAUGUGAACCGCUACCUGCUCAGAGACAGGAGUGGAGGUAAGCUGUCAGACAUGAAAUCCACUUGGUCGCCAGGGCCCAUCUCACACACGCAGGCCUCACUCUCCCAUGAGCUGUGGAAGGUGCCUCAGGGACCGAGGAACACUACAGCCCCCACCCGUCCUCCACCUGGCCUGACCAAUACCAAGCCCUCCUCCACCUGGGGGGGCAACAGCCUAGGCUUGGUGCCCGGCUGGAGCAGUUCUUACUCCUCAGGUACCACAUGGAGUACAGACAGCUCCAACAGGACCAGCAGCUGGCUUGUACUAAGGAACCUUACACCCCAGAUUGACGGCUCUACUCUGCGGACGCUGUGCAUGCAGCAUGGCCCCUUAAUCACAUUCCACCUCAACCUGACGCAGGGCAACGCCGUGGUGCGCUACAGCUCCAAGGACGAGGCUGGCAAAGCCCAGAAGUCCCUGCACAUGUGUGUACUGGGCAAUACCACCAUCCUGGCAGAAUUUGCUGGAGAGGAGGAGGUGAAUCGCUUCUUUGCACAGGGUCAAUCCCUCACACCCACCACCAGCUGGCAGGCCAACCCGGGCACCAAUCAGACGCGGCUGGGGGGUGGAGCGUCUGCCAAUUCGCACCCCAUUGGCCACUGGAACACCGCCAACCUGGGAGGAGGCGGAGCUGGCAGUGCAGCUAAGGCAGGCAACGAGCUGCUAUGGGGGGGUGUGCAGCAGUACUCCAGCCUUUGGGGGCCGCCCAGUACAGAGGAGGGCCGAGUGGUAGGCAGCCCAACCCCUAUUAACACACUGCUUCCUGGAGACCUGCUGAGCGGAGAGUCCAUGUGAGGGAGUCGACUCAGGAGGAGAAUUAUGAAUAUUAAAAAUUAAAAUGAACAUAAAAAAAAAAAAACUUGAAGAAAUAUAAUUACACAGGAGCAAAAACCAAGCAAAAUCAUGUGGUGAUAAUCAGCAUAAGUGGAACUGUGAACCAAUAGACAGGAGGCUGAAGAUACACUUGUAAAGGCUGCUGACCUUCUUCCUCUUCUCCUCCUUUUUAUUUUGCAUCAUUUCAGUGGAUUUUUGUGUUAUUUUUUUUUUUCAUGUGAUGCUUUGGUUACAGUAUUUUCUAAGACUUUUGGAGAAGAGCAAGUGACGAAACUAAAAGGAAAUAGAACCUUUAAUUACAAACUUUCUCUUAAUAACUGAAAACUGUGUGAAACUGUAUUUUACUACAACUGAUCAGACAAGCUGCCAUUUUUAAAUGUCCCCUGGCACAAGCCCCUCAUCACCCCAGAUACACCGUACGAGCCUUCCUCCCUACUCCCCCAAAGAAAUGCAUCAUUCCUAUCAGCCCUCACCUUUAGACUGUAUCCAUUGCUUUUUGUUCAUCUGUUAGCCUGGCGGGUUUGUUUAACAGCACUAAACUAGCCUUAAAUGCUUAGCAGCCUCAUCUCCCUCACACUCACUCUGGGCUUACAGAUGAGAUGGAUCCGAGAAUUGCACAUUUUCCUCACUUUCGAGCCAGCAGAGAAGAAAAGUUUCAUGCUUGACUUAGCACACAGGCCACAGCACACAUCUGCUUUUCCUUCAGACCUCAGCCAUCACCCUCGUCUGUCCACAUCACUAUUAAAGGGGCAGACGUGUGGCUGGUGCUUACUCAUCUGCAGGACAGGCUGUGCAAAUAGUUGCCAGUGUGUGUGUGUGGGUGUGUGUGUGCGCUGCAUUAACCACUGUCUUCAGAACUUUUUAACGAAACACUCGGAACACACCACACAGAACGAAUGGUCAAAUCACGUUCAAUUCCUUCUCUUCUGCUCCAUGAAUGACCUCAGUUAUUUGUGACCCAGUGGGGAAAAAAAUCAUGUUUGUCGGACGUGCAAUAUGCCACAGACUCUUCCGUCCAUCAUUAUACAGAGCUUAUGCUGGUGAAGUUUCCUUUCUUUUCUAAAUUGGAGGUGGGGGCACAAAAACAGUUGUUGUCCCUCAUCCACCAAGUGUGGGGACAAAGAGGAAGACUUUCUCAUGGUGUGUGAGCCUGUAGUGAAGACGAUCACUAGCACUUCCUUAAAAGACACAAAGUGACCAUAGCAGGAUGCGGGCUUCAAACCAAAUAAGUGUUUCUUGUUACCCAGUAGACAAGGUGCAUUUUAUGUUGUAUUUGGUACAAAAUAAUAGAACAAAGAGACUGGUUUGAAAAAUGGGUUGUUUAUCAUAGCACUUACCAAGAGCAUCAUGCUCCAACUUCAAUGCCAACAAAUCACACAUGGAAAGCUGGAACUGAAAAAAGCAAAGAAAAAGCAAUCUACAUAGCUUUUCCAUGCUCUUUUUUUAAAACUCUAAAUGGAUUUUUUUUUUUUUCCUUAUGUCCCUCCCUUGGAUGGACGUCAAAUGGUAGCAAAUGAAGGGUAGAUUAAAAAAAAAAAAAACAUGCAAAACUGAUUCUGAAGCAUUCUCGUGUUUAUAUAUAUAUUUAUAUAUAUACAUAUAUAGAUAUAUAUCAAAGUAAAUAUUACUGUUACAGUACUCCAAAAUUGUUAGCCUUUUGUCUGGAGAUGCUAGACAUGUCCAUAUGUGGUAAUAGAUCCUGCGGGGCCCUUACGCCUGGCGGCCCCACCUUCCUUGGAUAAUAAGUGUGGCCACUGAGUGCCUAUCUGUUGUGGCGCCCGCUGUGCCCACGCUGACUCUGACGCCACUGUGCCAGACCGGUGCGCCCGAUGCCAGAGCGUACUUGGAGCUGCUGUUUGGCCUGGCGCAGAGUGGCAGCUCUCUCAGAAAUGGCCCGACAGUACUCUUGCGCCAGCAUUUGACCUCGUCUCAACUCUCUUAAAACUCUCUUUCUUUUCAUGCAAAGAUCACUUUAGCUGGAAGUGGACAAGAUCCUUUCACGUCAUUUUCAAUUAUUGGUUGUAUUUUUUUUAUUCCCUGGAUUUGCAAGUGUUCUUAUUUUUUGUCAACAUUGCUGUUAUUGUUGUCUUUAUGAUACUUUAUGCUCUUUAAGUGUGUGUGUGUGUGUGUGUGUGUGUGUGUGUGUGUGUGUGUGUGUGUGUGAGAGAGAGAGAGAGAGAGAGUGAGUGAGUUCAUGCAGUGGUCUUUUACAGUAGCUGCUCUUUACCAGCCCCUUUCACUGCACAUAUGCAGGAACAUUUGGAGAAAGAGGCAUGUCUACGCUUUUUAAUUGCAACAGUUCAUGUUACUAUGCCAUGUCAGCAUAUCAUGCUGAUCUAGAAGGACGGUUUGGGGAUUUUCCUUUUCCGGGUUGCUUUUAUGGAUCGACUGAGUUUAGGGGCACAUCCUACUGGAAUUAGGGAACUGUAGUUAAGAGUAUUAGACAUGCUCAGCCUGCCUGCUACCUCUCCAUUACCCAGUCUCUCUCUUUCCUUCUGUCUGCUUCCUGUUUAUUCUGUCAUGGUCCUGCAAGACUGUACUCAUACUGGUGCUGAAGACAAACAACACAGCGCAACUCUUUCUUUACGACUUCUCAUCUUCUGAUUAUCACAGUAAUAAAAGCAAAUGACAAGAGAGACCCUCUUUUUCUAUGCAAAGUCUGAGUGAGAGAUACAUGUUCACUGUCACUCAAUACAGCCCAUCAUUUCCUGGGUUUUUUUUUUGUUUGUUUUUGUUUUCUAGCAUUUCCUGGUUUCUAAGCAGGCAGCUUCCUGUUACUGUGGCCUGCAGUGUUCAAAAUGUUUGCAUCUCCGAACACCAGUUCCGAAAAAAUGAUAUUUAGCCCUUGUUGCUUUUUCUCUGAACGGCUUCUUAAACUGUGCAUGCAAUCUCAGGGCAGACUCAGAGAACUCCAAACUUAGUUUACCCAAAGGAGGAAAUUCAUAUAUUGUUCAGUGGUGGUUUUUUUGGAGGGGGGGAAUCUUAUAUUUCUUUAGAUGUAUUUCAUAUUGGUUAGAAUUAGUGCAUCUGUAAUGGUGGGAGUAUUGGGAAAUCUUUUUUGUGUUUGCCUUUCUGAGUUCUUCAGCAUGCACCCUCUUUUCUGUAAUAUUAUCAAAAAUGUUAAUUGACACCCAUGAUUCUCAAACAUCGGGAGGAAAAAAAAAAAACAGAUGUCUGUGAAACUUGGGCUUUAUAGAUAUUCACAGAUUGUGAUCUUUUUUGUGGAUUGUUGAAUACAUACAGAUGGAAAGGUAGAAUGCAGGCUGGCAUCAAGACUGACGGGUAGCACCUUGUCCCAGGCAUUAAAAUUCUCCAGGAUGGACUGCUGCGAACUAAAACAGGGAUUCUUAGGUAUGCUGUAGAUGGUUUAUGUUAAUGUGGGUCGCAUCAUAUUUUAAACCAAAAACGAGAGAUUUGUCCUUGUAUUGCUUUUAGGAAAUUUCAAAACCUAUAGUACACUCUUGGUUGAAGUGCUUCUUUCUGCAAGCCUUUUAUGGCCCAAAGCAGCAAACGGCUGACUGUGGGGAUACUGUACUGAUGGUAUUCACUUCUGUUCUGACCAAGGAGCAGAGAACCAGAGCAGACUAUUUUUCACAGGUCCAGGUCCAUAUAGGUGCCAGCUCCAUGACUGCUCUGGAGCUCAAGCGCCCCAAUAUUUCAGAAUUAAUUAUGUCAUAUUUAGCCCAAUUUUAAAUGUACGGCAUACUUUAAGGAUGACCCUUCAUUGUAGUAUCUGUUAUAGGCACAUCUGUCUUCUGUAUUCCCUGUUCACAUUGUCUGUGACACACAACAAAGAGGCUGUAAUUAGUUCACAUUGAGAGCUGGUCCUUUAAAGGCUGUGUCUGUGGUUCCAGAUUUUGAUUAUUCACAGGUCCUGAACCAGCCGGUGAGGCUCACAGUGCUGUAUGGGUGAUUCUAAAAUAGAAUGCCAUUGAUGAGUGCUGUGAUCAGAAACACUUAUAUUGCUAAAAGGGUAAACUUUUAGCAUUUAAAAUUUAUCUUGAGGGCUGGGAUAUUGUUUUUAUGAAAUUGUAUAACAUCACACAUUUGUAGGAGGUUGUUCACACCCCAGUGAUAUUCAUAAUUUGGCGCCUGUGGACCUAUUGCAUCAGGAUAAGAGCACAUGUCAGUUGGUACUAAGUCUUGAAAGGGAAAAGGCCCUAGUAAGUGACACUAGUAAUAAUCACUAUUGCCUCUUUUUCCCUUUUUAUUCCAAACUGCCUUGCUUUAAACUGUACUCAAAGCCACCAGACUGUCACAUUCACAAGUGAGGUAAAGUGAUUGAUUCCCCAGAACACCAAGUCACUGCUGCAGAAGUCCUGUAAGGCUUGUCUUGUCUUUCUGUACCUCACUAAAUGUCCAGUCCACUACUGUGGAUUUGUUUUAGGACUAAUGCACCCCCCUCCCCAACGAUCACAAUGGCUAUAAUGCAGCUUGAGCAAAAAAGAAAAAAAAAGUUAGUAGGGAAGGAAAGAGAUCAGCUCAAAGAGAAUCCAAUCUUUUCUAAGGUCCUGGGUAGAAUAUGCACAUAUACUGGUUUAUAUACAUGCACAUUUGAAAAUGUAUGUAUGUAUAUAGCUGGUUAUCUCUUUCCACUUUACCUUAAUUUACUCUCCCAGGCCAAGUUAAAUGCCAACUCGUAUAUUUUUCUCUGUGUACCCAUAUUGAAAGUAUAAACAUAUCAAAAUUAUACAAAAUGAAAGAUAUACUAAUACUUGAAUCAAAAGAAGCGCCAAUAAUGUAAUGUGAAACUUUUUGUAAUGAUUUUUGUCAUUCAUACACUUCCAAGCUUUUUGAUAACAUCAGUUCAAAAUGAACUAAAAACGUAAAAACAUUUGUGUGGAGAAAAAAAAAAAGAAAAAAAAAAAAGCAAAAUGACAUCUAUUGUAUGUGUGUUUGCACAAGACUGUGUGUGUUCUGAUGGGUGAAUGACUGUGAUUGUUAAUCUGUCUGUACAAGUGGGCAAAGGUUCAAAAUAUAGUGUGCGCGCUUAUAGUGGGUUAGUGCCCACCUUAUGGUUUAAUUCAGUAUCUUUACAGGUUAUUUGCCCUUUUUUUUUUUUUUUUUCUUUUUUUUUUGUUGUUGUUGUUGCCUUUUUUGCUAGUCUGUAGUCAGAAACCUAUUCGGAUGUGUAUUGUUAUUAGCUUCUAGCGUUGCACUGAGUGUCUGCCUCCCCUCUUUCAGCUAAUCGUACACCAUGAAAUAAAGUACUGAGGGAUAAGGUGACAAUUCAUGUGUUAAUGUUUACUCAAGGACUUAGAGGAAAAAAAGUGUGUUUUUAUCUGUAAUAUGAUUAUCUACUUUAUAGUGGCUUUUAUUGCUUUCAUGAAAAAUAAUUGAGUAUUGCACCAUUUUUUUUCUCAGAUUAUAAAAUGAAAAGGAAAAAAAAAUAAAAUAAAAUACAAAACAAAAAAAAAAAAUGUGGCCAUAGGUUAGUGUAGAUGGACUUGUAACUUCCAGUGUCAGCUCCAUGCUAAAUGGAAAUUGAUGAAUGAUGAGUUUGUUACAAGGCUUAAUUCAGUGGUGCCUACCUUUUUUUUUUUUUUUUUUUUUUUUUAAAUAUCAUUAUUUUUUUUUUUCCUCCAAGGCCACCAACAGUUUACAAGCAUUUCAUGUUGUUCAAAGAAAAGGAAAUUACUGUGGGAAUGUCCAAAAAAAGGACAUACUUCCAUCAUGAAUAACAAAAACACUUUACUGAAUGAAGAUUAUUGUGCUACUUGCAGAACUCUGGGAUUGAUCAGUGUUGUCAUGUUGUGAUUCACUUUUUUUUUUUUUUUUUUUUUUUUUUUUAUUUCUGUGUUGUCAUUGUUGAUUUCAUGGACUAUUGAAGUCUGUAUGUUUUUCCUUUGUGCAAAUAAUUGCUCACUAUCUUGCACAUAGAUAAAAAGUGGAUCAUGUCUCAGGAAGGCAAGGGUUCCAGAGUACCAACUCCACACCAUUUUAAUGUUCAUUUUUAUAAGGAAAAAAAAAAUCGAUUAAGAAAAUGAAGCACUGAAGGUUAUGGAUUUCAGAAGAAAAAUACCUUUUGUUUCUAAAUCCGUAGCAGUUACAUAUUUACCAAAUAAUGGACUCUAAAUGAACUUUAAACAAUGGAGUGCUUUAUAUAAAAAAGUCUAUAUAUUAAAAUUGCUUUACAUUUUAGACAAAGUGAUCAAUGAUUUUGAUUGUUCAAAAGACAGUAAAAGAGCAUACAAGUACUGUAUGUGGUAAUCUUUAUUGUAUUUUCUUAACAUGAGGUCCCUUCCUGUUGAAAUCAGGAACAUUUGUGCAUUACUAUUUCUUUCCUUUCUGCCAUUCUCUCUUGUGGCGGGUAUUAUGUACGGAAAAAAAAUGUAUGAAAGCAUUUCUUCUGCAUCAAUUUGAAGGAUUGAAAGUGAGCUGGUUUUUAAGGAUCAUGAUCUAUGCACAAGUGGGGUGUAGAGGUAUAAAGACCUCUGUGACCCAUCUCAUGGGAUUUGGGGAAUUACUUUUGGGCUUUCCUUCCAUUGUACUCAUUAUGUUGCCUCUUUAUUCCUGUCAGCAUCUCUUAUAAAUCGUGUACUACAGUACCAGUACUUUACCAUGCUGUUUAUUCCUAAACCAAUGAGCAUCUCACUCUAAAGCACUGUGGGGUUUUUGUAGCCUGUGAUAAGGGUGUGUCUUGUGUGUUAUCUUUGUUCCUGUGUUACCUAGGGUGUGGGUGGGCAGAGGGUUGCUUUUGCCUUUUAAAAUAUUAAGGAAAAUGCCUGUACUGAGAUUUUAAAAUGACAGUGGCUUUUAAUGUUUCUCUCUCCUCAUAGAAUGUGAUUGUUGAUGACAUGCACCGAAAUGUUUCAUGAACAAUGGAGCUUCUUUCAACCUAUUAAUAAAUUGCAUUUUUUGGCUGUAA